UACUACCGACAACUACGAGUACUAUAAUUUCAAUACUAUUAUCAGUUUACCGGUGAUCUAGUCCGAAUACGGUCACAGUUGACCAGCUCUUACCGACCGGCUCAUUUGAAUUCUGAAGUCCAUUAAAAUACAAUAGAACGCUAGUCGCCGCGUCAUUACCAAUAAUGUACGCGUGCAACGCCGCCGUGUUGUUUGUCCUAUUCGCAUUUAACUUAUCCAUUUUAACUGCAGCGCCAUGGCCUGCUGAUGAUGAUUCUAUCGUUUUAAUCACUGAUGAUAAACAACCAUCAAAAGUCAACUUAUCGCCUCCAUCUAAAGGUGACAUCUACAGUUAUGUUAUACACUCGAGGAUCAAGCAUCGUUAUGCCCAAACUACGGUUUCAAGUCGCGUGGCCAAUAAAGGUAACACAUCACAGGAAGUACAAUUUUUCGUAACAUUACCAGAAACUGCAUUUAUUUCCAAGUUUUUAAUGGAAAUCAAUGAAAAAGUUUACGAGGCAUAUGUAAAGGAAAAAAAAGAAGCUAAAGAAGAAUAUAUAGCAGCAGUGCACGCUGGACAAACGGCCGCUCAUGUUGAACAAAAUGCUAGAGAUUCCAAUAAAUUUACAGUAUCUGUAAACGUAGAAGCUGAAAAAAAAGUAACUUUUAAUCUGACUUAUGAUCAGUUUUUGCCGAGAAAGAUGGGUGUCUACAGCAAUAUCAUUAAUAUACAACCUGGACAGGUAGUGAAAAAUCUAAAAGUUAUUGUUGAUAUCGAAGAAGCUUCAAACAUAACCACACUAGAAGUUCCUAAUAUUAAAACGACUAAUGAAAUUGAAACGAAAGUAACCAAAAACGAAUUGGCACAAAUCACUCGCACAUCGGGCAACUCAACAACGAUAACAUGGAGUCCGUCAGUAAAAGAACAAUUAACGUUUUCUGAACAAGGUGUUAUAGGUCAAUUCAUAGUCCAAUACGACGUUGAUCAUAAGUCUACACCAAACCAAGUCCUUAUUGACGAUGGAUAUUUCGUGCAUUUCUUUACACCAACUGAUUUGAAACCUCUAAGAACUCACGUCAUAUUCGUUUUGGAUGUCAGUGGUUCAAUGCACGGUCAAAAAUUGCCUCAGGUUAAGGACGCAAUGGAACAAAUUUUAUCCGAAAUACUUCCUGAAGACUUUUUUACUAUAAUAUUGUUCUCAGAUUUUGCACAGGUUUGGACUUUAAAUGCUACCCAAGUUACGUCUACGCGUUGGGAUGAUAUGGGCGUUAAACAAGAAGUAAAUUCAUCCUUGGCAGCAAUUAGUGAAAGCCGUUUUGUUUUCCCAGCAACCACAGAGAAUAUAGAAUCCGCAAAGAAAUUUAUUAAAGAUCUAACGCCAGAGAGUAGUACUAAUAUGGAAGACGCUCUCACUAAAGCUAUUGCUAUAGCCAAAAUGGGAGAAACGAAGUUUGAAGUUGGUUCAAAUGCACCAAAACCUAUAAUAGUAUUCCUUACCGACGGUGAACCAACGACUGGUAUAACAGAUUCACAGGAACUCGUCAAAUACGUUUCAAACUUGCGGUCGUACCUUGAAAAAUAUCCCAUAUUCAGUUUAGGAUUUGGAGAAGGUGCGGAUAUGGAUUUUCUCAAAAAAUUAUCACUAAACAAUUCGGGUUUCGCAAGGACUAUUUAUGAGGCUUCAGAUGCUUCGUUGCAAUUGAGGAACUUUUACAAAGAAAUAUCAUCACCAGUGUUGUCUAACGUUACUUUUAAAUAUAUUGACGCACAAGUAGAUAAUCGUACAGUUACUAAACAAAUAUUCAACUUAUUAUUCCGUGGCACUGAAUUAGUUGUAGCUGGUGCUUUAAGGGACCACAAUGAAAAUUUUAACAGUACCUUAAAUGCCGAUUCAAUUGAUGGAAAUUUCACAGAUUCUGGUAUUAGUAUCUGCCCCAUUGGACCUUGGUGGAAUCAACCCAAGAAUGUGACAAUUACCACCCAAGUGGGUCAUUUAGAAAAGUUAUGGGCAUACUUACACAUACAACAAUUGUUGGAUGAAUAUGAUCUAAAUAAGAAUGAAAAUUCUUCUGCUAAAGCUAAAGCCCUUGAGUUAGCACUUAAGUAUUCAUUUGUCACACCUUUAACAUCUUUGGUGGUCGUUAAACCUAAUGAUACAACUACAUCCGCAGAACCUCAAAAAAUUAGACCCACGCAGUCAUCUAGCUAUAAUAAUUUGCUCUAUUCUUCAAUGGCCCUUCCAGCAAUGACAGUACACCGUGGUCCAAUAUCUUUGAAAAUUGGUAAACCUUCAGCCACUCAAUCAUAUGGUUCAAGUGCUAAUAUUCAACAAGCAGAAGAAGAAGAACCUGACACUCUUACCAAAAUCGAAAUUGAACCUCAAAUAAAUGAAACAUCAGAAAAAUCAUUAACUUUGCACUCCUUAAGUGAACUGACAUGGUUAAAUGGAACUAAUAGUAAUCAACCAAAUAUUACAAUAAGUGCAACAAAUACCACAUAUCAAGUAUUAUUGAAUACGACUGAUCAGUCUUAUCAAAACUGCACCACGCCAGACAACACUGCAGGUAGUUGUAAACAUUUAAAAGACUGUGCAAUUUCAACAAUUCUGGAUUCGUUUGAUAACUAUGUAUCACUAUUUUGUUUAAUAGAAAAUACCUAUGCUGGCAUUUGCUGUACAAUUUAAACUUAAGAGUUUUGAUAAUUAAUAGAAAAAUAAAAGAAAGUCUUACAAGUCAUAUAAGUUAUUUAACUGGAUUUUUAAUUAAUUAACAUAUACUUUACACAUUUUUUAUGCAUUGUCUAUAUUUUAUGUAUCAUUAUUUUUAAUAAAUGUGAUUAAUAUUUUUUUUAA